AUGAGUGUUCGGGAGUACAGCCUUCAGUUUAAUUCUUGGCUAGGGUCUGGCCAGAAUUUUAGGGCCUCAGGUUCUCAGUAUAGGGGUGAGUCAAAUCAGAUGAGGCCACCCUUGCCAAGAUGUACUCAAUGUGGUAAGCAGCAUACCGGGCAGUGUCGUAUGGGGUUAGGUAUUUGUUAUACUUGUGGUUAUCCGGGCCACAUUAUGAGGGAUUGUCCGAUGAGAGGUGAUACAAGCCUAGCUCAGCCGUCGGGAUCUGCAGCUGGUUCGUCAUCAUCAGUACGUCCCCCUGGGCAAGGUCCCCAAGCACCAAUGAGUCGUGGUAGAGGCAGAGGCGGAGCAUCUAGCUCGAACAGCCCUCAGAACCGUAUUUAUGCAUUGGCAGGACGACAGGACCAGGAGUCAUCGCCUGAUGUUGUUAGAGUUCGGGUUCAGGAUAUGGAAGUGGAGUCACCAACCAUUCAGUCCAUCCCAGUGGUUAAUGAGUUUCUCGAUGUUUUUCCCGAUGAGCUUCCGGUCUCCCGCUAG